UUAUUCUUAUAGCUAAUAGUCACCAUCACCCAAACACCACAAACCCUUCGUCUUUCGUCUUUCGUCUUUCCCAUUCUCUCCGAGCUCUUCCAAUACCGGUAGUAGUGGACUUACUCAACACAAUGAUUCGAUCAUCAGUGGGGUUGCUACUGCGGCGUAGCUCCAGGCGCAGCCUUCAGCGGCGUCUACACCGGUCAAAGGAACCGGCAGCGAUUGUUGCCAAACAAUACUUCUCGUCCGAUGAUAAACCCAAGCCACCCUCUGUCACCUCGUCCGAACUGGCUCCUAUUUCGGGUGAUAACUUGCCCGCCAAGCUCAUUGAUUUCCAAGCCUCAUCGAAGAUUGAAGGCGAGGAGUCCCACAUUGCCACGGUUCAUUUAGCUCCAGGAGAAACCCUUCGGGCCGAAAGUGGAGCCAUGCUCUUCAUGACACAAGGGAUUGUCAUGGACACCAACUUGUCGGGCGCCAGUUCAGCCUUUUCUCGAAUGAUGACAGGACAAAACAUGUUUUUGACAGACUUUCGAUACGAAGGCAAGGAGGGCACUGGUACAGUCGGUUUGGGGACUGACUUUCCGUCCAAAAUCAUGCGAUUCAGCCUCGAAGAGUUCGAACACAGCUCUCUGAUCUGCCAACGGGGAGCCUUCCUUGCCAGCAACCCAACUGUGAACAUUGAAAUGGAGUAUACAAAGUCUCUCACGGCGGGAUUCUUUGGUGGACAGGGUUUCAUCCUGCAGAGACUGACUGGCCAAGGUGAUGUCUUGAUCAAGGGGGGAGGAACCAUUGUUUGCAAAGAGCUAGAGGAAGGUGAAUCCCUGCGAGUCACAUCGGGUUCCAUUGUUUGUUUUGAGCCAACUGUGGAGUACGAUGUACAAAUGAUGCCGGGAGUCAAAAACGUCAUGUUUGGUGGUGAAGGAUUGUUUGUGACCAAUUUGACUGGACCAGGACGAGUUUGGCUACAAGGAAUGCCAGCCGAUCGUAUGAUUGCCGAAAUUGCCCGCCGUGUCCCUGCUGGUGGACCUGGUAUUGGUAUCCCUAUUGGUAUCGGUGGAAGCGGCGGAGGCGCCGAAGGGGCUGCUGGUGCCGACGAUGCAGCCGUAGAUGGAGUCGGUGGCGGGGAAGAAAUGGUAGCGGCGUCAGAUGCAGCCAUUGAAGCCGAUAGACAAGCAACGGUUGCCACCUCUGGUGCUAUGCCAUCAGAUGACAUCGAUGCGGAUUCGCAGAGUGCUCUGUUUGGUGAUGCUGCACCAGAAGAUAGCAGUCCUUCAGGCACUGACGGGGACAGCAGCCCUACCCCUUCCACGGACGAAGACUUUGGGGACGCUGCUUGGGCGUCUUCCGAGGAGCCCCAGUUCGACGAUAGCACGGAUAGUUUUAGCACCACCUCGGAUGAACCUACAUUUUCUGAUAGUGGCUUCUUUGAAGACUCCACCACGACAGAAGGAUUGGGCGAGUCCGCUGCAGAGGCAGCAUCCGAAGCAGCUUCAGAGACCGGCGGUGGCAUCCUCUCAACGCUGUGGGGUAUUUUCUCCCCCUUUGGUGACGACUAGCUAGUAGGGGUUGAGUAGAAAAGCUUACUUAAGGCGGCACAUGCUGUUCAGAUACUGUAAAUACAUGCACAAAUAGAGGGCGAAUAGAGCCAAAACCCAACCAACCAAUCGGUCCUCCACUUGCAAAAUUGACUCAUCCCGGCCA